AUGGCUCAUUUAAUGAUUGUUAAUCUGAUUCUUUAUACGCUUUUUGCAGCGAUUACUCUUUAUUUAUUUGCAUAUGUUCACCAACAGGUUCAAGAACCUUAUAUGGAUGAAUAUUUUCAUUUUCAUCAAGCAGCUAAUUAUUGUUCAGGAAAUUAUAGACAUUGGGAUCCGAGUAUUACUACACCACCUGGUUUAUAUUUAAUAACACAUUCCAUAGAAAUGAUAUUAAAUAAUAUUCAACUAUUAAAUAAAACAUUUGGUCCAUGUUCAUUAGGAUUAGCACGAUUUACAAAUGUUAUCUUCAUGUUAGCAUUACCAUUUGUAUUCAUAAAAUAUCUUAAGAAGAUGAAAAAAGAAGAUGAGAAAACUUCAACACUUUCUGCUCUAUGUAUUAGUUGUCAUCCAUUGAUUUAUUUUUUUACGUUUCUCUAUUAUACUGAUGUUGGUUCAUUAUUUUUUGCUAUGAUAUCACUAACAACUUAUGUUUAUCAUUAUCAUCUUUGGUCAGCAAUGUUUUCUCUUAUUGCUUUAACAUUUCGUCAAACAAAUAUAAUAAUUGUCGCCUAUGAAAUUGGUUUAACAAUCAUUGAAGAAUUUCGUUUAAAAUCUAAACAAAGUCAUAUAUUACAUGUUUAUACAUCACGUUCCAGUGAUACAAUUGAUCUAAAAGAAUAUUUAACAGUCCUAUGGAAAUAUGGUCGAAUAGAAAUAAAAUUUAUUUUAAAAAUAUUUCAAACAAUUCUUUGGAAAUGUCGAUAUAAUAUAUGUGUAAUUAUAUUAUUUAUAAUUUGUUUUAUUAAAAAUAAUUUUUCCAUAACACUUGGUCAUCAAGAACAUCAUCAAAUGGUAUUACAUUUAGCUCAAAUGCAUUAUUAUGCAAUUUAUACAGCAUUUUUUGUUUGUGCCCAUCUAUUAACCUCGACAAAUUUUCUUCGUUUAUAUCGAUUUCUUCGUACACAUCCAAUUAUUUUUCUUAUUUUACUUCUAUUAAUAAAUUUAAGUAUAAAAUAUUAUACUUAUGAACAUUUAUUUCUUAUAUCUGAUAAUCGACAUUAUACAUUUUAUAUCUGGUCACGUUUAUUUAAACGUUAUUCACAAUUUCGUUAUUUAAUAUCACCUAUCUAUGGUAUUUGUAUAAUUUUACUUUAUUUUCAAAUCUAUGAUCGAUCAUUAUUAAAUAUUCUUCUUUUAUUAAUAUGUAUUAUAUUAUUAACUAUAUUUCAAAAAUUAUUAGAAUUUCGAUAUUUUAUUUUACCAUUUAUACUUCUUCGUUUAUCGAUUAAUGAUAAAAAAACAUCGAAAUUAAUUCUUGAACUUAUACAAGCAAUUAUUAUUAAUGGAAUAACAUUAUAUAUAUUUUGUCAUCGAACAUUUUCAUGGCCAACACAUCCGAAUAUUCUUCAAAGAUUUAUGUAUUAA